GCUGUUUCAUAAAAGCCGCUUAGAAAAGCGGGGAUUAAAGUCCAAAACCUGACUUGAAUGAGCCGAGUUAAACAUCCGCGCUUAAAUUGGUUCCAUAACAGUAAAUUGAGGAUCAUGUGAUCUUACUAAUUUGAGUCAGGUUUAAAUAGUCUAGAUAAUUGCGCGUGCACGCCAUUGUUUAAAAGUCCUGAAAAGUCGAGCAUGGGUCAAUCGAUUUCCUGUGGGCUACCAUGGCAACAAAAGGAAAAGAUAGAGCAGCGAUGUUCACGGCAACGGAACAGCGUUUGCUAUUGGAAUCAUAUGAAGAAUUUAAAGAUGUCAUCACCAAAAAAGGCAAUACAGCGGCAAUAAAUAAAGCAAGAGAGAAAGGUUGGCAGGAAAUUGCUGAUCGUCUCAAUGCCAACUUAAGUGAAGGAAAAAGAACCUGGCAGCAGGUGAAAAUAAAAUAUAAAAAUAUAGUUCAGAAUGCGACCAAAAAGAAGACUGAGGUUGCUGGCACUGGGGGAGGGCCACCACCAGCCAGCUUCACUCCUGCAGAGGAGCUGGCUUUGGAAAUUAAUAAAGGGAGGCCCGUCCUUGAGGGAAUAGAGGGGGGGACAUCAUCUAAAAUUAUAUCACCUAGUAUAAGGAGUGAGUAUAUAAAAGUGACAAAAGAUUCUGUAUGCUUUAUGGAUCCACCAGACAUCAUGUUGCCUGGAGAAGGCCCAUCAGUUGAGGAAGAUGAGGAGACUGUGUCUGUAUGUUCAAGGAGGCCUGAGGAUGCUGACUCUGUUCUAGAGCCCUCUCAGUCUGGGACCACAUGUGAAAAAAACCCAGAAAACAUAAAAGGAGUGUAUAAACGCUACCUCCUUAAACAAAUGGAAGCGACUGAUAUUGACAUCCAGUAUAAAAAACUGAAGAUGAGGAAGUUGGAGCUGGAAAUUCAACAGCUACAGAAAAAUGCAAGUAGAACUACCAUUUUUAAAAAAGGAAAAGAAAAAAAAAACAUUACCUUUUUGAUCACUUUCCACAACAUUUAUUUGUGUUUUCACCCCUAACAGGCAGAUUCACUCUGAAUAAAGACAAAUCACAUUAAAUACUUUGACUUCUGUGUGUUUGUUCAACUAAGGAGAAAGUUGAGGGGCCAGUGGAAAAUUUUAAAGCCUUAAAGCAAAAUAAUUAUUUGCAUAUGUGUCUCGUAUA